AUGAAGGUUUAUGUUCUUUACUUAUCCCUUAUGGGUCUGGUGGCUAGUCAGUCCGGUCUGCCACAGUGUGCUAGAGAUUGUUUGGCCAAGUUCACAUCAGGCGCCAGCAUCGGCGGUUGCGCUCAGAUCGAUGCCAAGUGUAUCUGCUCCCAGCAGGCCUUCCUUAACGAUAUUGCAUGCUGUCUAGCCUCUGUAUGCAGCCAGUCCGAUCAGCAAGCCGCCGUCGACUACGCCGUCAAUCUCUGUGCGGCUCAGGGCGUCACUGUCCCUUCCGCCGUGUCCUGUUCGUCAACAUCAGCGGGUGCAUCAACGGCUAUUACAAGCUCUUCAGGAUCAUCGACUAUCGGGGCCGCCAGCAAUACCGCUGUAACCACUGCCAUUACCAGCUCAACGGCAUCAGCUGCAGGAUCAUCGACGACGACGACAGCUAGCCAAAAUAUCGGUAAACAAGGCAAUGGAGGGUCUGGAACCAGCGGAAUCAUUGGCGGAUUGCUAGCAGUCUUAGCUCUCUUUUAA